AUGUAUUAUCUGAAUCUUGUAUCCGUUGGCACUCCUCGCUCACCUCAUUUUGGAGGAUUAUGGGAGUCGGCAAUAAAAUCUAUUAAACAUCAUUUAUUUCGCGUUUUAGGCAACGCAAACUUUACAUACGAAGAAUUGAAUACUAUAUUAAUACGAGUGGAGGCAUGCUUGAAUUCACGACCUUUGGUACCUUUAUCUUCCGAUCCUUCAGAUCUCGCCCCCUUAACUCCUGCUCAUUUCCUUAUUGGCGACUCUUUAACCGCUUUACCCGAAAUUGAAGUAUCAUCAAUACCAACCAAUCGAUUAACUAGAUGGCGCAGAGUCAUACAGGUUUCUCAGCAAAUCUGGUCCCGUUGGAACCGCGAAUAUUUAACGCAACUUCAGGAACGUAAACGGUGGUCUAUCGAAAAGGGUCCAAGGAUAAAAAUAGGUUCCAUUGUUCUUGUGAAGGAUGACAACGCCCCGCCUCUUCAGUGGAAGUUGGGCCUUGUUCAAGCUCUCCACGUGGAUGCAGAUGGUGACGGUGUUCCAAGGGUUGCUACCGUAAAGACUCUCAGUGGUAUAUAUCGUCGUGCUAUUCGGUAUCUAUGCCCACUUCCUUUCGAAGGUAAUUGUGUUCCAAAUGAUCAAAAAUAA